GUGUAAACCUGUUCCUGCAUUUACCCCUUUAAGAGGAAGUAAACAAGAACCAUCUCAUCCAAUCAGAGUCGGCAGGCGCUGACCAAUCACGGAGGCGCUUUCAUGCGCUAUCCCGGAAGUAACCUGAGUUAGCCAAGGCCAGUGGGGAAAUUGGAACCUUGCAAGAGCUACGUUCUGCACAAACGCCGAACUCUAUGGUAAGUGAGCUGGAGCCCGGGGAACACUGGUACACGGUAUACUCUAUGGUCAGUGUGCUGGGACCCGGUGUUCUAUCAUUUUUCUUAGGACACUCUAUGGUAAAUGCCCUGAAUGUGCUCUCUAUGGUAAGUGGCUGCAGGGCACUGAGUACACAGCCAGCCCCAGGCAGGUAGAGGCCAGUGUGUAGUCAGGGGUGUACUGUCAGGCUAAUGUGAGAUAAUAAGAUUUCCCUAGUAAACAGGAAAUUAUAGUGUAUUAAAUCUAAAUUGAAGCAAAAAUAGCUGAUUAAUGACCAUUUUAACACUCUCCCAUUGCAGCCUAUUUCCUGAACAUUGCAAUUUGGGUUUUAAAUUUGCUGUUUAGUAAAUAAGCCGUUAGGCCUCAGUCAUAACCGAAGUCGUGUUUUGUCGCCAUUAAAGCAGCCCAGUCACCGCCUUUUAUAAUUUUGCAAAGAAAUAUAGAAUGUGACGGCAGAUAAGAACCAUUUGGCCCAUCUAGUCUGCCCAAUUUUCUGAAUACUUUCAUUAGUCCUUGGCCUUAUCUUAUAGUUAGGAUAGCCUUAUGCCUAUCCCAUGCAUGCUUAAACUCCUUUACUGUGUUAACCUCUACCACUUCAGCUGGAAGGCUAUUCCAUGCAUCCACUACCCUCUCAGUAAAGUAAUACUUCCUGAUAUUAUUUUUAAACCUUUGUCCCUCUAAUUUAAGACUAUGUCCUCUUGUUGUGGUAGUUUUUCUUCUUUUAAAUACAGUCUCCUCCUUUACUGUGUUGAUUCCCUUUAUAUAUUUAAAUUUUUCAAAUAACUCUGACGGUGACAUCACUGCUGAGGAUCCAGUGGCCGUGGGGGAUAGAGGAAGGUACGUUGUACGUGCCCAAUCCUGGCCCUCGCAGGCGCCGCCGACGCCUUCUGUUCGCUCCUCUGUAGCUAUGCUUCAGCUGCCAGGAGCCAAUGUCAGCGAUGUACUGAUGCGUGUGCGUGAGAGUACAGCAUUGAGGUCUGUGGAGGAACAUGCAAGACUAUAGGAUCCUCCAUAGAAAGAGCUUUUUUUUUUCUUUUUCUUUUUUUUUUCCUUAUAGUUGUCCCUGGUGACAGCUGGAACAUAUGAUAAGCUUGACAAAAGGUAGCUCUGCUUUUGUGAAGCAGAGGAAAAAUACGGAGUCAAUGUAGUCCCUACUCUGUCUUAGUAUAAAUUCUGACUGUGCUGGAAUUUCUACAUUCAAUAUGAGUAUUUCAUAAAGAUGUUACUCCAGCCUUUUAUACAUUGAUGACUUUUUUUCUGUUUUUUUAUUUUUUUUGUAAUGUGCGAACCCCCCCAAAAAUCCAUCUUUCUACUACUUUUUUUUUCCCCUCCUCCUUGUUAGAUUUUGCUCAGUUUUUUUCCUUAUGAUUUUAAUAUCGAUUCCAUUAUCAAAAUAAUAUAAAUGAGUAAUAUUACUAGGUGAAGGAUUUUUUUCUUCCUUUUAAAAUUUGCUUGCUUACCUGUUACAGUGAGGUGCACCCCCCCCCCUUUCUUUUUCUUAUUUUAAAUAUUUGUAGUCUGCAGCACUAUAUAAGACAGGCUUCCCCAAACUCUGGCCCUCCAGAUGUUGCUGAACUAUAACUCCCAUGAUUCUGUACAUGGGAAAUAGGCUGAGAAUCAUGGGAAUCAACAGGAAUUUCUGUUUCCUGUACCCGGUCGGACUGACAGGAAGGUGCACACUGAGCGUGCACCUUCCUAUCACACUGGCCGGCCACCGCGGACAGCAGAGCAGCUCGGCCACGCUACAGGGGAGGGGGUAAAUAGAGAGUGUGGGGGGGAGUAAGAAAGGGGGGUAAGAAGAGGGGGAGGGGGGAGUAAGAAAGGGGGGUAAGAAGUUUUUUAUUUGAAAUGUGUUUUUUGUUUUUCUGAAAUUUCCUUCUUAAAAUAAGGUGCGUGUUAUACGCCGAUAAAUACGGUAUAUCACAAACUGGAUUUACACAAUUUUGGCAUGAUGACAGUCUUGCCACUUUAUUAAUCAUACCCAAUAUUUUGUAAACUAUGGGCUUCAGUGUUAAAUCAGCAUCUUAAGUGCCUUCAUGCAAGGUGACAACACUGUUGAUAAGAAGUCAUAAAGGGCCUACCUGUCUUCCAUGUGAGCAGCCUUCCAAGUUGAUCUGAGGUCCGCAGUAGCAUGUGAAAGCUCUUUCCUUGUCAUUAUCCCAAUAUAUGUUCCUAAGGAAAAGUGGUAGCAGCAAACUGUUUCAAUACAUGGCUGUUGCCUCAAUGACUCUGUUGAUAAAACAAAUGUGAUGUCAUAGCCAACUUGCAUGGGUGAUGUCAUAAUUAAAAGACUUACAAUUCGCCUGGCUUAAAAAACAGAACUGGCACCAGCACAAAUUAUUUUACUUUUUGUUUGCCUAAACUCUGUUUGUUUAUUUCUGUUUUCAGGUGAGGAAGGAACGUUUCAUUGCAUCCAGGCCAUCCUGUAAGUACAUAAUAGAUGAUUCAAUGGGUCCAUUUGCUUAUUUUUAAAGCGCCACACCUAGCAGCAUCCUUUCGUUCACCUUUUAUCUCUCAAGCAUUUUAACAGCAAGAUAUUACAUUGUAUGCAUACAUACUUUUGUGGCAAUAUUGUGCAUAUUUUGUAUUUUUAUACAUGAGUAAUGCAACUCAAAUUAAUUAAGGCUGCAUGGUGCGUGUUACUUAUGUGCACAAAAAUGCCAUUUAUAUAUUUUUAUUUUCCAAAAUCCAGUAGAAAUAUAAGUAGUGCAAUCUGGGUGUUGUUAGUGCCAGCAUAUCAACUACAUACCACUAAAUCUCUCCUGCUCAGGGCUUUAUGAAAUACAUUGAGUGCUGCCAUUAGGGAGAAAAACAAUGAAGACCAGGAUUGACUGUGAGGCCUCAGCCAGGUUCUUGUCUCAGGAGAUAUCCUUGCAGAAGCUAAAAUAAAUUCAAAAACUAACAAAGACAUAAAACACACAAAAAAAAUACCUGCUGCCACCCAAACUCCACAAAACGCAGAAUAUACAAAUAAAACUCCAUACAGAGGCUCAAUGGCGUAAAGAGCAAAAAACUGUAAAUUCACCAGAAGUUGCAGACUAGUAUAUAUACAAAUAAAAAGUAUGAAUUAUUUACCCCCAAUAAUAAAAGUCCUCCCUGCCCCUUAUUUGCACUAAAAAUGUAUUUUACUAACCCUUUUCCACCACUGAGACGCCCAUGGAGCUGCUGACCUCUCCACCACCUGUGUUGUUAUAGAAGAGUAUUGGGGAUCUGAUGUGCAUGCACUGAAGACCACACGCACCCACUGGUUCUCAUAGGAAAGCAUUGAAUCCAAUUAUUUCCUGUGAGUUGCAACCUCAGAGUUCUACCUUGAAGGUUUAAAACUACAGGACUACUGCACCCAGACCACUUCAUUUAGAUGAUGUGUUCUUGGUGACUUUAGUGGUCUUUUAAAACAAAGAUGCAGGUGUUUAAUUGGGAACAAUUAUGAGAAAAUAGCUGUAGAAUAUUACUAUGUAUUCAAUUUAAUUAUAGCAUUGUAUUAACAACACAUACAUCUCAGACACGGUAUCAAUAUUGUUGCUCCUAAAAUAUUUUGUUCUAACCUUUUUUUUCUCUAUUGCACAGAAUAUGGCUGGAGGAUACGGUCUAAUGGCUGAUGAUGGUACUAUUGACUAUUCUGUUCACGAAGCAUGGAAUGAGGCCACCAACGUCUACUUGAUAGUAAUUCUUGUUAGUUUUGGACUCUUCAUGUAUGCGAGAAAGUGAGUAAAGCUUGUUUUUUGCAAUUUUUUAAAAUGAACUCCUCUAUUCUUCAGCUACACUUUUAAAGCAUGCACAUUUUUUUUUCCUUGAAAGUGCCACAUGACAAACUGUUUUUUUCAGGAAUAUGGCCAACUGUAUUUGGGCAAUUUUUGAAAGAAAACAGUUAAUUUCACAGCACUUACUUUUUAUUUUUUUAUUAUUUGUGGAGGGGAAAAACCCACAUCACAAAAAAUAUGCAUGCCUCCGGAUUGGCAUCUUUAGUCAAAGGAUUCUGGGAUGAAACAAAAUGGCAGUGUACAAGUAUAUGAAAUUGUGUGGUUUUUUUUUAAUUUAUUUUUUUAAAUUUAUUUAUUGUUUUUAUAUAAUUUUAUUGUGUCUGUGUUUGUCUAGGAAUAAAAGAAAGAUUAUGAGAAUUUUCACAGUGCCCCCUACCGUUGAAACUUCUGAAACAAACUUCUAUGAUGACAUCAAGAAGGUUCGCUUGCGUCAGCAGCUGGAGAUGUAUUACAUUGGUGAGAUUUCUAUACAUAGGCCAAAUUUAAAUUGAUAUUCAACAAGGCAAGCACUAUGCAUUGCCACUGUAUACACCACUAUAGAUGGAGUGUUAUGAUUUCCUCUCUAGGAUCAGAUUCUUAAUUAGUAGAAUAAAUAACUCCGGAAGCGUCGGGGUCAAUUUAAGUGGCAUUUACUUUAUCAUCUACUGGGUUAUUUACUACAGUGAGAAUUCAACGUUAAUUUCAAAUUUAAGGCCAGUGUAGCCAAACUGAAAGAAUAGAUUUUCAGUAAAUGCAUUUGGACCUUAAAGGGACAUUAUAGUCACCAGAACAACUACAGCUUAAUGCAGUUUUUUUUUUUCUUGUGUCUAUACUGUGUCCUCGUACGCUUUUUGCUGUAAACACUGCCUUUUCAGAGAAAAGGUAGUUUUUGCGUAAGUGCAUAGGAACACCUCUAGUGGCCACUUCCGGACACACUGCAUGGAGACGUUGAGUGCUCCUAUAGAAAUGAAUUGAAUCAAUGCAUCUCAGUAAGGAGAUGCUGAAUGGCUAGGGUGGCGUUUGGCCCCCAAACCACCUCCUUGGCUGAGAUAAUUAAUUCCGAUGUCAGUCAUUGGUGGAUUGUGGGCGGAGCCAGUGCUGGCAGACCUGUGCUGCAUUGGAUGGUGAAAAUGGUGAGUUUUUUUUCUUUUUUUACUUCUUUAAGGGGUGCAGGGACCCUACAUAGUGUUCCUUUAAAUUUGAAGUACACUUUGAACUCUCACUUUAAUGAAUAGACCUGAACGUUUGCACUCCGUAAUAUUUUUACUGGGUCUUAUAACAUACAACAAAUAGUGGAACUAUUUCCAAGAUAUUUUUUUUAAAGUUUUUAUAUACUGAACAUGAAAGAAAUAUAUGUAAUAUUGUCAACUUAGACGAUCUCGAGGUGUUUAAACGGUUACAUUGUAUUCACAUUGAGGAAACAACCAACUAGAGCAGGGGUUCUCAACCCAGUCUUCAGGACCCCCUACCAGUCCAGGAUUUGGGGAUUACCUGGGUGUGUCUCAGGUGUUUAGAAAAAGGGGAAAAAACACCUUAGACUCUAAGGUGUUUUUUUUUUUUUUUCUAAACACCUUAGACACGCCCAGGUAAUCCCUAAACCCUGGACUGGUAGGGGGUCCUGAGGACUAACGUUGAGAACCCCUGAACUAGAGUGUUGAUCUGCGUCCACAGAGGACCACCAGCCAGGGCACCUUUCUGGGCCCUUGUGGAGUCAUGUCAAAGUCCAUUUUUUUUUUUAUUCUUUAUUUUUGAACGUGCAUGAGAUUACAAUACAUCCUGCAUUGCCACAACAGCAAAUGCGAGGAUUUGCAGUACAUUCAAUGAUACAUGUAGGUUGACAUUGAGAACUGUUAGAGACAAUACUUUGCAUCAUUUGAGAGAACAGCACGAAAUUUUAUAUUUAAAGUAUGGUAACUAGUUAAACAUAACACUUGUUUGUCUGGGCAGAGAGUGUCUUAGUGACGAGUCGUGUUAGGCAAGUUAGUAAGAACGAUUAAGCCUCACAACACUGAUGGAGGAAAAACAUGAGUGACCAAAGUAAUGUAGUGGAGUAAUAUAGUGGCACAUUGUUAAGUUAUAUAUAUCCCACAGGCUAGACAGUAAAAGUCUGGAGUGACUAGUGAAGGGAAGUAGCUAAAUUUGGUUGUAGACCUGAUGAUGGCAAUUUAAGCAAGGUAGGAGUAUAUACCACUUGCGGCUGCAUGGUUCUGUUUGGUUAUGGUCUGAGCAUUUUAGGAGUUCUGGCAGUGGGCUCCCUUUUUUUUUUGUUCCGUUUUUUUCCGUUUCCCUUUCCCUUUCCUUUCGCACAAUUUUAGCUUAUAAACAGCAUUGAGGUUGUACGUAAAUUGGGCAGUGUCAUGAGAAAUGCACAGUGUUAUACGUAUAGUUAUACCAAUCAUCAGCCUGGCUAUCCCGUUUUGUCAUUAGAAUAUAGCGCAAAGAUAAGUUUAAAGGUAAGCUCAGACAGGUUUAGUAAAAUGAGAGUAGUAAUCUGGCUAUACAUGCUGCUUGAAACAAUUGAGCUUACUAUUUGUGGUCAGACAUUGCAAGCAGUCAAUAUUGAUUUAAGAUGGCUAGUCAUGUCCCACUGCCUGGCUACGGGCCAGCAGAGCCUAUGAGGCAUCCAAACAGGGUGGGGGCACGUAAUGAGACUAGUACAAUUGUACAUUAAUAGUUACGCAGGAGUUAACUUGAGGUAACCAUGAGAUAUAAGGUAUGAACCAGUGAUCACAGGCUAAGCUAAGAUGUCUGUGCAAUAUUCAGACGCUUUGCGUGCUAAACAUAAAUUAUAGCAUGGCUCAGUGGUGAAAUUUAGGUACUCGCCGUAGAACCAAACAAAAAAACAAUUAACAUAAAACAAGAACAAUAAUAACCAUUGGGUGGCUAGUCGUUUCAACAUAUGGGUACCGCAAGCAUUGUAUGCGUGCUCUGAGCGUCCUUGAGAGCUUUGUAGCCGAUGCCAAGAGCUUGUAGGCUGCAGGUGCAUAACUGCCAGAGUCAACCAAAAUGCAAGCAGCCCAGCGUUUUAUGGCAACUGGUAUAUGAUCUACGUAGUAACAAAACAAAACAAAAAAAUAAAAUAAAUAAAGUUCCGCAAAGUUCAGUAGCCAUUCUUCAGAUGCCUAGAGAAAGUGGGGUUUUGCUUAGGUCUUCGUCAGACCUCCCAGGAGACUUUUCCACUUGGACUGCGCCGCUCUGUGUGUCGGUAGUGCGUGGGUGCAGUCCAGGUAAUGAGCAGAUCAGCCGAUGCCCCGGGGCGGGAGGCUGGAAGUGGGUGGAUGCUGAAGAUUUAUGUGGUCACUGAGGCGUAGGUGACCGGCGUGGUGCUCCGCGGUCUGAAUGGGGCACUGUUUGCUGGGUCCCAGCUGUGAGUCGGGGUGGCGGGGGCACAAGGUCCCGCUUGUAGGCGUGAAUCCAGUGAUGGAUCUAGGGUGUGCAGAAGAGCCUCUGCGUCUUGCAUACUGUAAAUUUGGUGUGUUGUUUCGCCUUGUUGUACCCGGAGCAAGUGUGAGGGCCGCCAGCGAUACGGUAUGUUGUUGCGCCGGAGUGUGGAGGUGAGAGGCCGCAUUGACCUGCGCCACGCCAGAGUUCCACUGGAUAGGUCGGCGUAAAAGGUUAGUUUAGCGUUUUCAAAUUGUAUGGGGGUUUUACCCCGGAUGGCUGUGAGAACCGUCGAUUUGUCAGUCCCAUUUUUAAAUGUAAGUAUAGUGUCCCUUGUGGCCAUGUCUGGGGCCCCAGCGGGCUUUGGGAUCCGGAAGAGAUCCGUGGGCAUGACGGCCCUGGCUUGGUCCAUGGGCAGAAUGGUGGCAAGCAGGCGUUUGAUCGUGUGCGGUAGGUCAGCCUCCGGCAACCCCUCUGGGAGUCCCCUGACCUUAAUGUUAAGUCUCCGUCUUGCGUCUUCUUGGGCUGCGAAGCGCCGUUCAUACAGCAUAGUUUGGUUGCGCAGGUCCCGUAUGUCGCUUUGCAGUGAGGCGAUAGUGUGCUGCUGUUCUUGGGAUGAUUCCUCUAGUACAGUGAUGCGGCCUGUCAGGCCCUUCAGCUCUCCCCUUAGUGCAGUGACAUCCGCGAGGAUGUUCUUUUGUAGGUCUGCUAGCAGGGUCUUUAAUACCCCGGUUGUUACCAGUUCGGCAUCUGUGUCCUUCCUAAGUUUGUUGGGUUUUGCCCUCGGCAUUGGGUCUGGGGCUAGGAGGCAUUCAUCGUCAGCUCCCUCUGAGCAGUCGUCGGAGAAAUCCGAGCAGCCUCCGUGGAGCGCCGCCAUAUUGGAUCCGCUCGGGCCGCGUGCUUGUCGCCACAUAUCCCCUAUUGUGAGUCCUGGGGCUGGUUUGUCCAGCAACAGUUUCUUGUGUUUGCGUCCCAUUAGUGCUUAAGGGGUGCCCGCUUGUAGUCAGUGGUUAUUGGGGGUCGUAUCAGCCGUUUUUAAGUUUAUUUUCUCCGUUUUGUCCUCGGAGCUCCUGAGGCCUGCGUCUGCUUGCCUCUGCUGUCAGGCUCCGCCCCCGAGAAAUGCCGUCAAAGUCCAUUUUUAAUGGUCGUAUAAACCUUCCAUAAAAUUACUCUGGUGUUGUGGAGACAUUUAUUGUGAUGAGAAAUGGUUAAUGAACUUGCCCGUUUAACAGGAAACAUACAGGUUCCGAAGGCUAAAUGACAAAUUAAAGCUAUUUGUCAAAUGGACCUGGAAAGUUAAUAAUCCAUGGGCAUUCUCAUCAAGAGUUGAAUUUCUCGGGUUACAAGUUGUCCUUAAUGCUGAUGAACGUAGUUUUUAGUGAAUAACCACUUUUUGUAUUGGCUAGUGAAUGUCAUUUUUUUUAUAAAGACUUCUAAAUUAAUAACAUAAGCACAUCUACACUGUGCUAUUCGAAAAGCCUACAAAAGAAUUGUAUGAAUUAUGCUUAAUAACCACUUUAGUACCGGAAUACAGUAUAUACAUCAUUUUUACCUUAAGGUAUUUUUUAGUCCGUAAAGCCUCAUGCACCCUCAUUUAUACUCUUGGAAUGAUUGCAAGCCUAAAGAGGAAAAUCUUUCUCUUACUCUUCCUGAUCUAAUACCUGCAAGUUUGCUGAAAAUGUCUGCUCACCUCCAAACAGUAAAAGAAGUAACAAAUGCAAUCUACCAUUUAACUGUUAGCAUUAUGCUCAUUCGCUUUACCUUCUGUUGCCAUUUUCGGUUAGCUGUACUGCUAGUAAUGCCUCUAGGGUCCUUUAAAACUACCUGUAAACAAGGUAUUUGACCAUGGCCUUGAUUUAAAAUGUUUGGACAAGCGUUUCGAAUGAUGUAAUAUUUGUGGCUAAACUUUAAAUAUGAUAUAAUUGAAAAUGUUUCAAUGUUUUUGAAAUGUUUAAAUAUAGAUAUUUUGUGAUGUAAUAUUUUGAAAAAAGGAGAGUUUUUUUAUUUUUUUUAUUUUUUUUAAAUCCAAAAAUAAUAAAUAAAUUGAAAAGCUUUUUCCAAAAAUAUGUGAGGGAAAAAUAGCAUUUUUGCUUUUAUACAAAUAUUUCAGAUCCUCUGUGACCUAUUGCAUGAUGGAGACUGUAUAUUAUCUAAAGGUUUUAAUUUCAAUAAUACUUGUAUAAAGGUUGAAAAAAUGUAUCUGCAUCAAUUUAGGUUUUCUGUUUGUGUGCAAUCAAAUCAGUCAAAAAGUGAUUGGGGGUUAAUGGUCUCUGAUCUUGAACCGGUCCCCAUGAAGUAAAAAAAAUAUUUUGGUUUUCUUUUCCUGGUUCUGUUCCAAUGCUGAGGGUGAUUAAAGGAACACAUGUAUUGAAAAUGUGUGUGUGUGUGUGUGUGUGUGUGUGUAUGUAUAUAUAUAUGUAUGUGUGUGUGUGUAUAUAUAUAUAUAUGUAUGUGUGUGUGUGUAUAUAUAUAUAUAAUAUAUAUAUAUAUAAUAUAUAUAUAUAUAAUAUAUAUAUAUAAUAUCUAUCUUAUUCAUACGGUCACAUCUGCCCUAAAAGAGCAUCUUAUUGCCCCUUUGAAAAAGUGGCAAUAUCUGCUAUUUAUUGAUUAACUUAUAUUUUGAUUUAACUAUUAUGAUGUGGAUUUUAUCUCAUUUUCUGUUAUGACAUGGCCUUUCUUAUCUAUUGCUGUUGAUUAUAAAACAGAUGCUCAAUGAUUGCUUAAUAUUCAUCUUUUUUCCAGCUCGGAAGCAUGAUCAUCACACUCAAAGUGACAGUGUCCAGCUCACCGUGGAGUGAGUGAAGGUUCCACAUUCUGAAGAAUUCCUUGCCAAACCCAGUGAUUAAGUGGUUGAACUGGGAAGGAAACGUCUGACACAAUCCCAACACUGUGUCAGGAUAGUGAUUUAAACUGCAGAUUUCCUGCCUGUGUAUGAAUAGAUUCCAUGUAUAUUAGAGAAAUCUGUCUUCUGCAGUGGUAAUGCGGUUUCCUAUGUUUUAGCCAGAGGUGGGUUAAAAAAAACAACAAAAAACAGCAUUUCACAUAGAUGGUGGACGGUGAGGCCUCCAGGAGUCAGUAACCUGCUGUUUUGCCCUGAAGCCUCCAUUUUGUUUGUAGAAAUGGCUGCCAGCAUAAGAUCUCAAACGGUCAAUACAAGACUACAUAUCCUUUUAACUUGUUUAAUGAAUUUAUCUUCUUAAACUGUACUGUUGGUAACUUUAAUUGUAGAUUUGGCGUUAAUAAACCAUGCAAUCUAUAUA